CACUUGUGCAGAUACUACUCAUACUCGCUCAGCAGUGCACUCUUGCGGCUGGCCUUACGCUUUGGUGUAACCCCAUCGACAGCCUCGCAGGCACGACCGACACGACCGGUACUCUCGCCGACUCGACUCGUUCCGGCACACGCCACCACCACCACCACCACCCACCAUCACCACCAUGGCUGCGUCUGACGCGUCCGACGUGUCCAUGACGAGCGGCACCAAGCUCCUCGACCUCCCGGGCGAGAUACUCGAGCUGAUACUCUCCUCCCUUGGCCCGAGGGACAUUGUCAGCGUGCAGCGGGCGUGCAAGGGGCUUCGCGAGCUCUACCUCAAUUCUCCCGAGCUGCGGUACCGCUUCGUGCUCCAGACGACGGGGUACUUGGACGUGGCGAAGCGUGGCGAGGCGGUGCGCGUGGCCGCCGCCGAGCGGCCCGCCUCGCCGCUCAACACGAACAUCAAGUCUCCGCACACGGGCCGUGCUCGGCCGACGCUCGCGAGCGUCACCCUCGCCCCGUGGAGCAACGACCCGCCGACGACGCGCGCCGACUACUCGGACCUGAGCACGACGGAGAAGGAGGCCGCGCUGACGGCGCGCGAGCGGCGCUGGGACGCGCUCGAGCCCGCCCAGGUCAGGACGUUCACCGUGUUGGGCCGCACGGGCGUCUACGAGCUCCAGGAGGGCAUCUUCCUCAUGUGCGAGGAGUUCUCGGCGGCAGACAAGCCCCGCUCGAUCCGCCUCAUCCCGCUGCCGUCGGUCGAGGACCCCGACCUCGAGGACCCGAUCCUCGACGCCAAGGCCAUCAAGGUCGAGUUCCCCAUCGCGGAUCUCACCAUGGACCCGACGCAGGACUUGAUUGUGGUAUCCGAGUACGAACCCAGGCCGGUGCGAAGCUUGACCCCGCCCCCGUGUAAUCGGUACCACCUGCUCUCCAUGUCGACUGGCGAGCCCCACCCGCUCGCGGCGGUCCCGUUCCUCGACUUCCCGCCCGCCAGCGUGCCGACCUUGUGGCCGCGCCAGCUGAUCCAGAUCAUGGGAGACACGCUCGUCGCGCUCGUUUCGCGGAACGGAUUCAUGCGUGGUAUUUCCGCUGGCGAGGAAGAGAUUGUCGCGUGGAACUGGAAGACGGGCGAGGUCAUGGGCCGCCUCAAAAUCGGACACACACUCACAGAGUGCUCGUUCGCGAUGCUUACCCCGACGACAGUGCUCAUGUCCACCGCCUCGGUGCUUGACAUGUCCCAGCCAGAGGUGAUCGACAUCCACCCGCCGUCGAUCCAGAUCUUAUCGUUCGCAAGAGACCCAGCUCUCCCCAAGCCGGUCACGACCGUGCCUCUGCCCCUCGACAAGAAUGACCACACCACGCCGAGGCCAACAGUCAUCGCCAAGCUACUGCUGCCUGAGCUGGCGAACAUGACGUCUAUUGAGCGAUUCGACAUGCGACCUGACCCGCCGUUCCCGCCAGCGAACCCCAAGAACCAGACUCUGGGCCGGGGCAAGCCCUUCACCCAGGACCCGAGUCGCGGUGUUGUGGUGUUCGAGCUGUUGGUCGUCGGCGAGGACCUGCCCGAGUUCAACUACGAGCUCUUUGUCCUGCGUGAGACAUUUGUUGAGAUGGCCCGCGCGGGAGAAGAGCGUAUGCGCCGCGCGUGGAUCACGCUUCGGCGUCUGGGCGUCAGUGCAGAUGACAUGCCCCCCAAUGCCGCUCUGCGGACGUACCACUGGGCCGACUGGGGCGAGAAGAACGCACGCCUUCAGCGCCAGUUCCAGCGGGGACAUCGCAACUGGGUCUGCUCGUGCUCCGGCUACCGCUUCGCCUCGCUGCAGCCACAUCAGGAUGAGGACCCCGCCUGGGAUGGACCUGUCGAUCUUGUCGUGUUCGACUUCUCGCCGGUGUCGGUUCGACGGACACAUGGCGAGAUUGAGAACGGGCUUUCGUCCGAGGGUGACCAGUCCAAGCGCCACACGGACCAGGCAGAGGAAGAGAACCCAGAAUCGCGCGACGCUGGCAAGUCCGACCCGAAAGACAAGGCCGACGAGGCUGGCAAGUCCGACGAGAAACCGGAGGACGAUGUCCAAGGCUCCGAUCCAAACGUUUGUCCCUCGGCCCGCGUUAAGGUCGGACGUUCGGAGAAUACGGAAGCCUACGGCAAGGCUGAGUACCGUGUCGAGCUACACGACGAGCCGACCGAGAUCCCACCCGGCCACGGCUGGGCUGAGACUGUCAUCACUGGCCUGAAGUACCGCUCUGUGACGCGCACGCUCACCAGCCGUCCCAACGGUGUCAUGGUUGACGACCAGCGCGUCUUGACCAUUGUCACUGACAUGAGAGACACGGUCCGCCAGGAGGUGACUACCCUUUGCAUGUAGUAGGUAUGUAUGCACCAACUAGUAUAUACUGG